AUCCACUACACUCGACAGGCCUGCUGUCAGAACCCAGUACAAGCCCCAGGCCAUUCAACUACCCAGACAAUCGGCUUCCUACCAGGCUACCAUUGCAAAAGUCCACAAUGACUGUCGACGCAAAGGACACUCCGAAGCCUCGCUUUUGGCUCCUCACUUCGCCCCGCACUGCCUCCAAUCUGCUCGUCAAGAUCCUCAACCUGGAAGCGCAGGGCAUCCGACCUGCCUAUGAUGGCGGUUACUUUUUCAUGAAAUCUGCGGUCAAACGAUUCCAGACAUGUCUGCAACCCCUUAGCACCUGGGAUGAACAGGCGAUCCAGGAGCUGCGAGAUGCCCAGCAGUCCGCUUUCGACGAUCUCCUGAACUACAUCCAGGGCGCCGAGGCGGAGGACCAAAAGAUCUUUGUCAAGGAGCACGUCUUCAUGAUGAAUGACCCGUACUUUGAGAGCGAGUAUGAAGAAGGCAAGGCGAGUUAUGUUGGGCAGCCGACGCCGCUCACUGUCCAGGGCUUGGAGAAUCCGACCCGUUCUCCCAAGAACCUCACCUCCAUGCCAGACGAGUUCCUCAAGACUUGGAGACCGACCUUCCUCAUCCGCCAUCCCGCCAUGAUGUUGCCAUCGCUUUACCGUACCGCCGCCGCUGAUAUAGAGGUCGAGGGUUUCAGGCGACCCAACAAUGAGCCGGUGCCUCGGGAGGUCACCAUGAAGUGGAUCCGCACCCUGUACGAAUUCUUCGCCGACUUCUACGGCGAGGGGAGCCAGUGGCCCAUCGUCCUCGAUGCCGACGACUUCAUCAAGGACCCUGCGCUGAUCGCCAAGUACGCUCCGCUGGUCGGCCUGGACGCUGACAAGCUCCGCUUCUCGUGGGACAAGACCCCCGAAGAGGAGAUAAAGAAGAGGAACGCGAUGGCGCAGAGGAUGCUGAGCUCCAUCAGUGCCAGUACCGGCAUCGACAAUUCCAAGCUAGCGGGUGACGUCGACAUUGACGCCGAGGCUGUUAAGUGGAGGGAGGAGUUUGGCGACGAGGGCGGCAGGAAGCUCGAGCAGUGGGUUAGGGAUGCGAUACCCGAUUACCGAUUCCUACACUCUAAAAGGUUAAGGAUUUAGUGAAUAUGCACGCAUUCACUUAAUAAUUCACUUAAUAGCACGCUAACUUCGCUCGUUACGGCGCCGCAACUCCGCCGCUCGUACCCACUUGUACCCGUAAACUCCGUGGACACGGAUCUAUUACUAACUUUCUAUCGUCGACUAAUCGCUCCUUCCGUCCACGACCUUCCACUAGAUUAGUAAGGACUAAAGGGGCCUCGGCCUAAU